CUGGCGGACGGCGCCGGGGUCAGAGGGCGGGGGUCCCAGAGCGAUCGUGGCCCUCGGGGCAACCCGAAUGUCCUGCGUGCUCUCUUCUCGUGGAAAGUCGGGGCGGUCAGGGGCUUCCCAGGCGUUUAUCUCGAAACUCUCCUCUCCGGCUCUGGACUGAAAUUCACUGAGCCGCCCACACUUCCUGCUGCGGUUUCAAUCUCGAGCUGCUCUGGGCCCAUUUGUUGUGACAGCUGUCAGCAGCAGCUUCUCGGCCGCGGGCCCCUCCCUGCCCCGUGCCAACCCAGCGCUUCGCUUCUCAGAAACCGAGGCGCCCGGGCCACGCGCAGCGCUUCCCACUGCGGCCCCGAUUCCUGAAAGUGACUGCGCGGGUUUUGAAGAAAUUGCUCAAUGCUCUUUGAAGAAUCAACGGUUCCUCUUUUCUGCCGAGGGACAUGUUGAUGGUUUGGCGGUCACAAGCUUCAGAUCCCCUGCUCCUUCUCUCUUCUCUUUCCUUUUUCUUUUUGUUUCUUUUUCUUUCCAACCCCUAGCAGAAAGACGGUUUCUUUUUACUCGUCUGGUCUUCUGAGUUUCCCCCUCUUCCCAUAGGUCUCUUCAAAGGGACAGGAUGGUGGCCCUGAACUGGGGGUGUUUAGUGGAGGGAGGGCAGAAACUCAGGCUGCCUGAGUGCUUUGCUCUCAUUGCGAACUAGGGACACAACCACACCACCGAGUCUGCGACCCUCCGCACUGCCCAGGCGUUGCCCCGUGCCUGGGAUCACAUCCCACACCCUAGCCCACAGGCACAAUGGGGCCAACCCUAGGCCGGGAAGUCCUCAAAUUCAUCCUAAGGUGUGCUGCUCGGGCCUGCAUCCCCUGGUUUGCAGAGUCUUUGAUUUCAGAGGAGUUUAACAGGUGCUCCUUGCCCCGCCCCACAGGCACUGUUGGGAAUUGAUGCAAAUCUAAGGAUCUCAGUGCUUAAAGAGGAUGGAUGCCAGGGCAGGGGACGUGGGGGAUGUUAGCUAGAAGGUCUGGUCCCUACAGUAGUUAGAGUCCUAACUGACUGCUUGGCCUAGAACUUGAAGGGAUAAAGGCAGAAUGGCCGAGAAUUAUAUACCCCACCCCCAUCUUCUAUUACAGAGAAACUGAGGCAUAGAGACAGGCUCAGGUCUGACAGUGAGUGGGAACCAGGCUUCAAAGACUCCUUGCUCUUCCUCUUCUUUCCUGGUGGCCUUCUGCUGCCCUAGGUGGGAAGCUGAUCUGUAAUGGUCUAGAUUCCCGCUUGGACCAGGGUAGCAGGCACUGUGCUAGGGUGAGGAGAGGAGGAGAGAAAGGAAAAGUGAGGCCGGGAAGUUCCCCGUGUAGGGGUUCUAGUCUCCUGUUGAGUCACCACCCUCUGCUGCUUGUUUCUGCAUAGGUGGGGUGGGAAAACCGGAAAUGAUCCAUAUAGAGAACUCUGUUUUCACCAAACUUAUGGACAAGGAAGGCGGGGCCCUGAAGACUCAGGAGUAGGAUCUCUUGGGCUGUCUCAGGUCAGUGGGAAUCUGGAAUCUCAUACCUGGUGCCCCUGCACCUUUCUCUGCCUUUAUGCAGGGCGCUCAGCUUGUCUCUAGCCACUAAUCAGAGCUUGGCAGAGGUGUUGAGGGUAGGCUGUGGCUGGUUCUGUGUCCUGGAUCCUCAGACUCCUGUCCAGCUGUCCUCGAGCCUAGCUCUUGGCAGGACCCCCACCCCCACCCCCCAAACUGCCGACUGGAGCAAGCCCAAGGAGGAGAAUGCCAGGCAGCCGGCUUCUGGGCCACAGAGUGGACUGACCGCUUCAAAGGCUGUCUUUGUUUCCUCUCCAGCUUGAGCUAAGAGAAACUUUUAAGCCAACAACCUCAGGCGAGGGGGCGGGGCUGUGUCUACUGGUUGUUAUUGAGGUUGCUGUUGCCAUUAUUGUUGUAAUUGACGCAGAGUUCCCAGCCAGUGAGUUUUCAUGAAAGGAAGUGUCACUUCCUUCCCAUCCCAAGCAGGGUGACUGGGCAGCACCUCCGGCCAAAGGGAAAACAGAGCAGUCAGAGGAAGGUGACCUCCUGGAGCUCCCUGUAUCCCCCAAGCCCGAAGAUGAGCAGAGGAGGAGCCAGAGCCCCAUCCAGCUCCAGGACUCCCCCGAGGCAGGUGGGGAGCAGGAGGAGGAACAGGCCUUCCUGGUCAGCCUCUACAAGUUCAUGAAGGAGCGACACACGCCCAUCGAGAGGGUGCCCCAUCUCGGCUUCAAGCAGAUUAACCUGUGGAAGAUCUACAAGGCAGUGGAGAAGCUGGGGGCCUAUGAGCUGGUAACAGGCCGACGCCUCUGGAAGAACGUGUAUGAUGAACUUGGGGGUAGCCCAGGCAGCACCAGUGCGGCCACAUGCACACGCCGCCACUAUGAGAGGCUGGUUCUCCCAUACGUGCGGCAUCUGAAGGGGGAGGAUGACAAACCACUGCCCCCUACCAAGCCCAGGAAGCAAUACAAGAUGGCCAAGGAGCUGAGGGGAGACGAUGGGACCACUGAGAAGCUAAAGAAGGCCAAGGACUCAGAGGAGAGGCAGGUGGACCAGACCAUGCCAGGAAAGACCAAAGCAGAUGCCACUGGUCAGAUACAGCUCUCCUGCCAGGGAUCCUCAGGGGAUAGCACAGAUCAGCUGGGCCCAGUAUCUGGGCCCUCUCCACCACUCAUGGGUGCUAGUGGCUGCCCUGAGGCCUACAAGCGGCUCCUGUCCAGCUUUUACUGCAAAGGGGCGCAUGGCAUCAUGUCACCACUGGCCAAAAAGAAACUCCUGGCCCAGGUCAGCAAGGCAGAGGCCUUGCAGUGCCAAGAAGAGGGCUGCCGCCACGGAGCAAAGACCCCCAACAAGGACAUUCAAGAAAGACCCCAGAACCUAAGAGGGCUGGCUGAGAACGCUGAACACCAGCUAACCCCCCAGGAUGGAUUGCAGGCCCCCGGUGGGAGCACCAGGAUAGAGGCACAAGUGGGCCCCUGCCCUACAGCCCCCACGCUCUCAGGCUCUUUUCGCGCGUACCCCACCGAGGUGCUGAAGCCUGUCAGCCAGCACCCCAGGGACUUCUUCUCUGGCCUUAAAGACAGGGUGCCGUUGGGACCACCUGGUAAAGAGGAAGGUCCGACAACCAAAGAGUCCCAGCUGGUAUGGGGUGGGGAUGCCAACCGCCCCUCUGCAUUCCAUAAAGGCAGCACAAGAAAAAGAAGCUUCUACCCCAAGCCCAAAGCCUGCUGGGUGUCCCCCAUGGCCAAGGUCCCUGCCGAGAGUCCUGGAGCCCCACCCCCUCAUCCCAGUAGCCCAGGUCUUGGCAGUAAGCGUGGCUUGGAAGAAGAGGGCUUUGCUCAUGGUGGCAAGAAACUGAGGGCAGUGUCUCCCUUUCUGAAGGAGGUGGAUGCCAAGGAGUGUGGGGGCAAGCCUGCAGCCCCUGGCUUGGCUGUAUCCUGUCUACUAGGCCCAACCCUGGGGCCCAAUCCUCCCGAGGCCUACAGGGGCACCAUGCUGCGGUGUCCUCUAAACUUCACCAGUAGCGCAGACCCUCUGAAGGGCCAGGCCUCACUCCCCUUUAGCCCCCUGGUCAUUCCCGCUUUCCCAGCCCACCUCCUGGCUACAACAGGCCCCUCGCCUAUGGCUGCUAGCCUGAUGCAUUUCCCUCCCACGCCCUAUGAUGCUGUCCUCCGCAACAGACUGGGUCCAGCUUCAUCUGCCUGGCACAUGCCGCCCGUCACGACCUAUGCGGCACCCCACUUCUUCCACCUCAAUACCAAACUGUAGGCCAGAGCCUAUCCUGCUAUGCUGUGGAGGAUUUGAUGGGGCCUCAGAUGGGCAGCUGCUGCCAUGUAUCUCAGGCCCGAGCUGACUGCCCAGAUUCGCAGGCCAGUGAGCCUCCCUGAACCUGUGUCUCCCUGGCACAGCCAGCAGAGAGGCAGUAGGUUUGUCUGAAUGAAGCAGCCUGAGCCCAAAGCCAAGGGACCAAGUUGUGGUAAGAUCAAGAAGUACCUGAGCUGGUAUUCUCACUCCACUGAGAGGCCGGGGAGCUAGUUGGCAGUUCAAGGCAUCCAGAUUGGCCAUGAAAGAACCAAUAAAAAGACACUGGUGUGAUUGCACUCA